AACUGGCUGCGACUCUACGGCUACCUGCCUCAGCCCAGCCGCCACAUGUCCACCAUGCGCUCGGCCCAGAUCCUGGCCUCAGCCCUCUCCGAAAUGCAGCGCUUCUACGGGAUCCCUGUCACCGGCGUGCUUGACGAGGAGACCAAGACGUGGAUGAAGCGGCCCCGCUGUGGCGUGCCGGAUCAGUUCGGGGUGCAUGUGAAAGCCAAUCUGCGGCGGCGGAAGCGCUAUGCCCUCACCGGCAGGAAGUGGAACAACCCCCACCUGACCUUCAGCAUCCAGAACUACACGGAGAAGCUGGGCUGGUACCACUCGCUGGAGGCGGUGCGCAGGGCCUUCCGCGUGUGGGAGCAGGCCACGCCCCUGGUCUUCCAGGAGGUGCCCUACCAGGACAUCAGGCUGCGGAGACAGAAGGAGGCCGACAUCAUGGUCCUCUUUGCCUCCGGCUUCCAUGGCGACAGCUCCCCCUUUGAUGGCACAGGCGGCUUUCUGGCCCACGCCUACUUCCCGGGCCCUGGUCUGGGCGGGGACACCCAUUUCGACGCAGAUGAGCCCUGGACCUUCUCCAGCACCGACAUGCAUGGGAACAGUCUCUUCCUGGUGGCAGUGCACGAGCUGGGCCACGCGCUGGGGCUGGAGCACUCCAGCAACCCCACCGCCAUCAUGGCGCCAUUCUACCAGUGGAUGGACAUCGACAACUUCCAGCUGCCCGAGGACGACCUCCGGGGCAUCCAGCAGCUCUAUGGUUCCCCAGACGGCCGACCGCAACCCACCCGGCCCCUCCCCACCGUGACACCCCGGCGGCCAGUUGCUGGAGGGUCCACGGGCUCCCCCGGUGCUGCCCUCAGUGCCUGCGCCGGACCCUCCCUGGUCCAGGCAGGGGUGGUCCCAGGUGGUCCCGCUCCCAGGCCGAGGCAGCGCACACGCUCUGCCCACUCACACCCCUGCCCUCCCCAGGGCCGCUGGUUCUGGCGGGUCCGGCACAACCGCGUCCUGGACAACUAUCCAAUGCCCAUUGGGCACUUCUGGCGAGGUCUGCCCAGCGACAUCAGCGCUGCCUACGAGCGUCAGGACGGCCGUUUUGUCUUCUUCAAAGGUGAGCUGGGUGCCCGGCAGCCGCUGACCAGCUACGGCCUGGGCAUCCCCUACGACCGCAUCGACACGGCCAUCUGGUGGGAGCCCACGGGGCACACCUUCUUUUUCCAGGAGGACAGGUACUGGCGCUUCAAUGAGGAGACGCAGCGAGGAGACCCCGGCUACCCCAAGCCCAUCAGUGUCUGGCAGGGGAUCCCUGUCUCCCCCAGAGGAGCCUUCCUGAGCAACGAUGCAGCCUACACCUACUUCUACAAGGGCACCCGAUACUGGAAGUUCGACAACGACCGCCUGCGGAUGGAGCCCGGCUACCCCAAGUCCAUCCUGCGGGACUUCAUGGGCUGCGAAGAGCCCGGACCCCGAUGGCCCGACGUCGCCCGCCCGCCCUUCAACCCCGACCCUGAUGCGGGCCCAGAGCCCGGGGCCGGCGGGGACGGCCAGGAG